UAUAAAUAUAUGCAUGACACACACGAAAACAAUUCCUCUUUGUAUUUUUUCUCUCUAGGGUUUUUAGGGCUUUCCGGCAAGAGGAAAAAAGAAGAUGGAUAGAUAUCAGAAGGUGGAGAAGCCAAAGCCUGAAUCUCCUGUUAAUCAGAAUGAGAUCCGCAUUACUUCCCAGGGCUUGGUUCGUAACUACAUCAGUUACGCUACCACCCUUCUUCAGGAACGAGAAGUAACAGAGAUUGUCUUAAAAGCAAUGGGUCAGGCUAUAAGCAAGACUGUGGCUGUUGCAGAAAUCAUAAAGAGAAGGAUUCCUCGGCUUCAUCAGGACUCUACCAUCAGUUCAGUGAGCAUAACAGAUACUUUUGAACCCAUUGAGGAAGGCCUUGAGAUUGUGGAGCAGACCCGACAUGUUUCGAUGAUUUCGAUUACCCUGUCUACAAAAGAUCUGAACAAAAAUUCCCCCGGUGGCAACCUUUAUGCUUGGCCGUUGAUUGAUAUCAAGCUCCAUCAAAUACUGAUCAAACUAGACAGCAAUACAAUCAUCCGCCACAACAACGUCAGCCUCCUAGACAAGCACGUGGAGGUUACAACUCUGGUUAUGGAGAUUCAUAUGGACGGGGAAGGGGACGUGGUAGAGAAAGGGGCCGAGGCUGGAACAGAGGUGGAUAUUCUAACUACCAAGAGAAUGGUGGGUGGUAUCAAGGUGGGUAUUCUGGUGGUAAUGGUGGGUAUCAUGGUGGCUACUCGGGAGGAAAUAGGGGUGGCUAUUCACGUGGAAAUGGCGGUGGCUACUCGGGAGGAAAUAGGGGUGGCUAUUCACGUGGAAAUGGCGGUGGCUACUCGGGAGGAAAUGAUGGGUAUCAGGGUUCCUACUCAGGUGGAUACCCUAACUGGGGACGAGGUGGUGGGCGUGGGGGUUGGGGCUAUCGAGGUGAUGGAUAUGGAAGGGGCCGAGGUGGAGGCGGCAGAGGGUUUGUGCGGGGCCGUGGAAGGAUGGGGGGCCGUGGUGGUGGUGGUCUGAGGGGUGGAGGAAAUCAAGCAUAGUUGGUCUUUUGUUUUGUUUGCUAUGGGUUUAAUAGGUUUUUGCCUUGGCAUUUUGUUCACUUGUAACUAUGUUGAAAAGUUGGUUUGCAAUUAAAAGAAAUUCUGCCUUUUUUGUGGGGGUCACUGGUUUGUUCCUAGCGUAUGCGGGGCAAUCUAUGGUUUUAGAGUAUGUUUUACUGUGAUGAAUCAAGAGCAAGCGUUAUAAUUCUUUUAUCUCUGGUUAAUUCGUUUUAGUCACUAUUCAACAUUUUUCACAGAUCUGUUUUCAUCCU